AUGAAGCGCUUCCUGGGAUCACUGAGCAGGCGCUCAAGUGAGUGUCUCACCGUCUCCACGUCUCCCCGCAAAUUCGCUGACUUGUACCUGAACAUAGGCUCCAGUGACAGUGUCGAACCUCGUGAAGACUCACCAGAAGCCAUUGUCCUGAAAGAACUGACUGCCUUCUGCGAAGCGCGUCCAAACGAGAAUGAGAAUGGCUCUUCGCGCGACGCGCAAGGAACCGAAUUCGUCCACCUCCCCAAAAUUGUCGAAGCCGCCGAGUCAAGCCCCAAUGCCGCAAAGGAAGCAGCUUUGCGCAUUCGCAAGUAUCUCUCCGAUCCAGCCGGCAACACAAACCACACCCAGUACAAUGCGAUUAUGCUCAUGCGCAUCCUGGUUGAUAAUCCAGGCCACACCUUCACCCGCAACUUCGAUGCCAAAUUCGUGACGACCGUCAAAGAGCUACUCCGCACAGGACGUGACUGGCACGUGCAGAGCUCUCUCCGCCAGUAUCUGGAUACCCUCGAGCAACAGCGCGCAUGGGACGACGAUCUCAAACUGCUGCUGCAGAUGUGGGCGAAGGAAAAGACGAAAGCUUCGCACGGUUUGAUCGACCGUUUCCCAAUGAAUUCCAUCAUACCGCCACAAGUCCCCGCCAGGCCUCCCGGUCACCAGCAGCAGCCAUAUACACAGCCCCGCGCGUCGAGAAAUACCCUCCCCAGCCCGGUGGAACUGGCAGCCCGCAUCGAGGAAGCGCGCAAUUCGGCAAAGCUGCUAACGCAGUUCGUCCAGUCCACCCCGCCGGUAGAGCUGGAAGGCAACGAUCUCAUCAAGGAGUUCGUGGACCGCUGCGGGACCGCUUCGCGUUUGAUUCAAGGAUAUAUCCAAACGACCAACCCGGCUCCGGACGAGGAUACCCUAUUGACGCUUAUUGAGACGAACGACGAGAUCUCCGUCGCGCUGUCACAACAACAGCGUGCCAUGUUGAAGGCGCGCAAGAUCAGAGGAUCUUCAUCGCCGACAUCGUCUAAUCUGAAUAGUCCCUCGCCGACCUCGCAGGUUGUUGCGCCGGCCGCUUCGAAUUUCUCUCCUCCCCCCUCAGCGCCACCUCGCACUGAAACAUGGAGUCCUGAAGCUGCUGCACCUGUCGCGGCACCCGUUGCGACACAACUGCCUUCUCCGACUAUGACUGGUGGUCGUCCACUUGCUUCCCAUCCUGUCUCGGGAUCCGCGACCACCGGCCGAUAUGAAUAUAACUCUGAGGAUUUCCAGGUGCGGAAUCCUUUUGCUGACGACUAUGCUACGAAUGACUCGAAUGGGAACAAUCGAGUGCGCUUCCAGCCCACUGAGCAGGAACGUUAG